AUGGCGACUCUAAGCUACUUUUUCUGUGUGUUUGUGAGCCUUCUCAACCUAAUCAGCUGCCAUGUUCAGUGCAAGCCAAAUGGAGAACAUAAGACCUUGUUCGUAUUUGGGGACUCACUCUUUGAUGCAGGCAACAAUCAGUACCUCAAUGGUAGUAGUGUGGAAGGUGGAUCAAUUUCUUGGCCAUAUGGAGAAACCUACUUCAACCAUUCCACUGGGAGACUCUCUGAUGGCCGUUUAGUCCCAGACUUUAUUGCCCAGAUUGCCAUGUUGCCUAUACUUCCACCAUACCUACAACCAAUUGCACAUCGUUUCACUUAUGGGGCUAACUUUGCUUCAGCUGGAGCAGGUGUUCUUGUUCAAACUCACCCUGGAACGAUAAAUCUCCCAGCGCAGCUAAGCUAUUUUAAGGCUGUAGUGAAGUCACUAAGGCAGAAAUUAGGUGAUGUAAAAGCUAAGAAGGUGGUGAAGAAAGCUGUGUACUUGUUUAGCAUUGGAGGCAACGAUUACUUCAGCUUUUCCUCACAGUACCCCAAUGCUUCUCAGUCUGACCGAAUAAAAUACGUGGAGAUUGUCAUAGGCAACUUGACUAGUGUGCUGAAAGACUUAUAUGGUUUAGGAGGAAGGAAAAUUGCAUUUCAGAAUGCAGGGCCUUUGGGUUGCCUACCAGCCAUGAAAGCAAUGAAUCCCCAACUUGGUGGCAAGUGUGCUAAAGAACCCUCAGCUCUUGCAAGACUACACAACAGAGCUCUAGCCAACGCCCUUAAAAAGUUAGAGAGCAAGUUACCAGGUUUCAAGUAUUCAAUCUUCGAUUAUUACAAUGCGCUUCUAGACAAAGUGAACAACGCUCCAAAAUAUGGCUUCGAGAAUGGUAAGGAUGCAUGUUGUGGCAGUGGACCAUAUAGGGCAAUGAAUUGUGGAGGAGGGAGAAAUGGAAAAGAACCAUUUAAGGUAUGCAGUGAUCCUGGUGCGUAUGUGUGGUUUGAUGGUGGCCAUACUACUGAAGCAGCGAACAGGCAAUUAGCUGAGCUGAUAUGGAGUGGAGAACCAAAUGUCACAGGCCCUUACAAUGUGAAACAACUAUUUGAACAAGCGUAA